UAGCGGAACAAGUAGCCGAAGCAAUUAUCAAAAAAACCGAGGAUUACGGGAUUCAGAAAGUAAGUUUACAAGCACGAAAUCCAGGCUUGGGCCGGGACAUAGUCAUCAAAAAAAUUAGUGAAUCCAAAUCUUUCGAAAUAGAAGAAUUAGUUGAUAAAACACCCCUGGCCUUUAACGGAACAAGACCACGCAAAAAACCUCUUGAAGAGGGAAUUUAUGCUUGCGAAGUUUAUUUACCGGACAUAGACAAGUCUAAUCCAAUUUACGCUGACACCCUAGACGAAGCCGUUAAAAAUGCCAAUAAAUUUGCUGAGAUUUACUUGGAAGGGAAAAUUGCCAAUCUAGAAAGGUUACUUGAUAGAAAAGAUGAUAUUAGGAAAAGUUUGGAAAAAGAAUUAGAUUGA